AUGAGGACUAUAUCAUCAUCUUCGUCAUCGGUGCUAUCACCAAAAGGAUUUGUUAACCACGACGUCAUUGGGUUGAAAAAAAGUGAUUAUGAUGAUGUUAGAUAUCUAAGACAGGAUAAUAAUGAGAGAAGUAUCUUGGAUCGUUACUGGGAUAUCAUAUUGAUAGGGGUGCUUUCAAGUAUAUCUCUGGUGCUCAUCAUAGCUAUUGUCAUCACUAUUGUUUGCAUGUGCAGGUCAAAAAGGGUACAGGAGCAAGAGGUACCCUACCAAACAUUCUACGGGGACCAGAGGGCUCCUGUGGGCCCAGCAAAUGGGGACCGCAAGCUGGCCUACAGUGCUCAGAUGUAUCAUUACCAGUACCAGAAGCAGCAGAUGCUUGCCAAUGAGAAAGGCAAUGACUAUGACAACAAAAAUGGUUCUGGUAAUUCGACCGAUGAAGAAGUCAUCGACGACGACGACACUGUUUAUGAAUGUCCUGGAUUGGCCAAUACUGAAGAAGAAAUGGAAGUAACAAAUCCUCAUUUUGUUGAGACACCUAUGGCUCAGCCAACAACAGCAGCAGCAGCAGCAGCAACUUCAUCAGCAACAUUUUCAUCAGCUGGUGGAGGCGCCGGUGUUUCAGGAUUCAAAUCCUCCACAGAUGGCAACAACAACAGCAGUCCAUAUAGGCAUCAACUGCAACAUCAUCAACACGCUAAACUACCACAUCAUCAUCAGUAGUAGUUGUUGACUUGUUGCUUUGCAGUUGAUUUAUUGUUGCAGUUGAAGUGUUGUUGCAGUUGAUUUGUUGUUGCAGUUGUUUCUGAAGAUGAUGAUGAUGUUAAUGAUGAUGAUGUUGUUGGUGAUAAUUAUGAUGAUGUGGUGAUGGUGACGUCAUUAAAUAUAAUGUAUAUGAGUUACUUAUCUGUUGUUGUUGUUGUUUGUUUGUUUGUUUGUUUUUUGUUGUUUAAUCAGCUCUAUGAUCAUGGUACAUUUUU